AUGAUUACAUCCUCCCUGGGGAAAUGCAAUUUGAUGGACUGUAUUUCCUUGGCAUAACUUUGACUACUGACCUGAAAUGGGUGGGGUUCGAACAGGUGCACUGUAUAAAAACGACUGGUAACGGCUUAAAGACCAGUAGUGGUGGAUGGCAAAAGUCAUUCAAAAUGGGCAACUGGAUCAUUAACCAUGGACUGACAUACUUCAUACUGGUGGUCUGGAUGGCCAUCAACAUAUUCAUUUUCGUCUGGUUCUACUUCUUGUACGACUUGGGGGAUCGGUUUUUCUACACGCGACACCUUUUAGGGUCUGCAUUGGCCUGGGCCAGAGCCCCUGCAGCCGUCCUCAACUUCAACUGCCUGCUGAUUCUGCUGCCUGUGUGUCGGAACCUGCUGUCUCUUGUCCGCGGCUCCUUCGUGUGCUGUGGGCGAACUAUGAGGAAACAGCUGGACAAAAAUAUCAGUUUCCACAAGCUGGUGGCCUACAUGAUUGGCCUGAUGACAGCGGUUCACAUCAUUGCCCAUUUGCUGAACGUGGAGCGGUACUACAACAGCUGGCAUGGAGAGUAUGAUGCCCUCAGCAUGGCCCUGUCCAGACUUAACGACUCGGGCAACACCACCUACCUGAACCCAAUCCGCUCUACAACCACUACUCCGAACCUCCUGGUGUUCACCACCAUCGCUGGGAUCACGGGCGUAAUCAUCACGCUGGCACUCAUCCUUAUGAUCACCUCAUCCAUGGAGGUCAUCAGGCGCAGCUACUUCGAGGUAUUCUGGUUCACACACCACCUCUUCAUUGUCUUCUUUGCUGGGCUGGUCAUCCAUGGAGCCGGACGCAUAGUUCGAAGUCAAACAAACGCCAAUCCACCAUAUAAUAUCACCUUCUGUAAAGAUCAUAUAGAAGACUGGGGGAGGAAAAAGAUGUGUCCCGUCCCUCAGUUUGCAGGGGGGUUCCCACAGACCUGGAUGUGGGUGAUCGGUCCCAUGGUCCUCUAUGUGUGUGAGCGCUUGCUGCGCUUCAUCCGCUACAUUCAGGCUGUCAAAUACAGAAAGAUAGUGAUUCGGCCGUCCAAAGUACUGGAACUGCAGCUGGUGAAGAAUGGUUUCAAAAUGGACGUGGGCCAGUACGUCUUCCUCAACUGCCCAGCCAUCUCCCAGCUGGAGUGGCACCCCUUCACCAUGACCUCUGCCCCCGAGGAGGACUUCUUCAGCGUGCACAUUCGCUCUGUAGGUGACUGGACCCAGAAACUCAUCAGCAUCGUGGAGCAGCUCCCUGAGGGGGCUCAGGGACCGAAAAUGGGUGUGGAUGGACCGUUUGGUACGGCCAGUGAGGAUGUGUUUGACUACGAAGUCGCCAUGCUGGUUGGCGCUGGAAUCGGAGUCACCCCCUUCGCCUCCAUCCUCAAGUCCAUCUGGUACAAAUUCAAGGACUCCAACCCCGAGCUACGCACCAGAAAGAUCUACUUCUAUUGGCUGUGCAGGGAGACGCAUGCAUUCGAGUGGUUUGCAGAUCUGUUGCAGGUGCUGGAGAGGGAGAUGGAGGAGAGAGGCAUGGGAGACUUCCUCACCUACAAACUCUACCUCACUGGAUGGGAUCCGAGCCAUGCAACUCAUGUGAUGGUUCAUGCCGAUGCGGACACAGAUGUGGUCACUGGUCUGAAGCAGAAAACCAACUACGGCAGGCCCAACUGGGAUAAGGAGUUUGAACAAGUGUGCCAAGAGAAUCCGACGUCAGUGGUGGGCACGUUCUUGUGUGGCCCUGUGGUCUUAGCUACCGUCUUGUCAAAGAAAUGUGUCAAAUACACGGACGUCGAUCCCCGAAAGACCAAAUUCUACUUCAACAAGGAGAACUUCUGAGCAAAACAAUGUCUAAUCUGCCCCCCAACCAAAGCUGGCUCUUUGGUCAUUAAAAUGUUUGCAAAGAGUUGUUUUUAAAACUAUUCAUCUGGGAGCUUCUUGAGUAGUGCAGCGGUACUUCCGGCCGGGAUUUCCUUGUUCCAUCGCGCUCUAGCGACUCCUUGUGGUGGGCCGGGCGCCUGCAAGCUGACUUCGGUCGCCAGCCCGACAGUGUUUCCUCCUACACAUUGUUGCGGCUGACUUCCGGGUUAAGCAAGCAGUGUGUCAGGAAGCAGUGCGACUUGGCAGGGUCAUGUUUCAGGGGAUGCAUGGCUUUCGACUUCGCCUCUGAGUCCGUAGGGGAGUUGCAGCAAUGGGACAAGACUAUAACCAAAUGGAUAUCAAGAAAUUGAGGGGGGGGGGGAAUAUAUUUUUUUACAAUAAUCUGAACAUGACAGAUGCUGUAGAAUAUCAGCCCUUAAUACCUUUUUGAUUUCUGCUUCCUCCACAGAAAACUGACAAGCCUUGCACAUUUAGACAAAUGUGUACAAAAUGAGAGAAAUAAAUCUUUUUGUGCAUAUGAAACAUUUCAUUUCAACUCAAACAUGCAACCAACACUUUAAAUAUGUUUUAUUCAGUGUAGAAUAAAGAAUCAACAAUGGCUCUUCAAUCUGAACAUGACACUGAGGCCUUUGAGUGUCACGCUUUCAAGGUGUAGCUACAGAGAAGGAAAUGAUAGCAAUGUUUUUACAAAAGCCCUAUUGUAUAUCCAUUUCCUUGUAAACGAUACAGGUGCACUGAAGUGUUAAAUGAGGGCGAGGCAUUGCCAGUCAAAGCUACAUAAUCUGUUCUAGAACAAAUGAGUCAACAAUCCUAUGAAGCAUGUAUACACAUGUACUUUCCUCACAUUUACAAAAUAAUUCCAAGGACUCUUCCACUCAGUGUACCCCCUCAAUCUACACAAUUGUUUCACUUCAUUUGUAUGUCCUUUUUAUGAGCAAAUAGUUUAUUUUAAUCUACAAUGACACUUUAAAUCCUCUCCUGUACAUACCAACAUCCCAUCUGAAUAAAAUACAGUACUGAAAUUG